AUGGCAGCGCAGCAGAAGAAGAUGCUGUUCUGCACGGCCGGGGUGCUGAGCUUGGCCUGCGCGCUGGGCACGGCGGCGGCCGUGGGCUCGCAGCUCUGGGUCAGGGGCUCCAUCCUCUGCUCCACCGGGGCGAUGCUCGUCAACGCCAGCGGCCCCGAGCUGCACAAGUUCAUCGGCGACAUCGAGUACGGGCUCUUCUCCGGGCAGCGGCUGCGGCACUGCGGGCUCGGGGGGCGGCCCCUGCGCUUCUCGUUUUUUCCAGAUUUGCUCAGAAUCAUCCCUGCAAGCAUCCACAUUAGUGUCAUUCUCUUCUGCACGGUGCUGAUUGUCUUUGCCCUGGUGGGAGCAGGGUUCUUCAUGCUCAACGCUUUUGGCAGCCCCUACGAGACCCUGCACGGCCCCGUGGGGCUCUACCUCUGGAGCUUCAUCUCCUGCUCCUGUGGCUGCCUCAUCAUGAUUCUCUUCUCCUCAGAGGUGAAGAUCCACCACCUUUCAGAGAAAAUUGCUAAUUUCAAAGAGGGAACUUUUACAUUCAAGACUCACAGUGAGCAGUUUGCGAAUUCCUUCUGGACCAUCCUGGUUUGCUCCCUGGUGCACUUCCUCAACGCCCUGCUCAUCCGGCUCGCUGGCUUUGAAUUUCCCUUUUCAAAAUCAAAAGACUCGGGGACAAUCACCGGAGCAGUUGACCUGAUGUAUUAAAGUGAUGGGAUUUAAGAGCGUUUCGAGUACAGAAGUUUGUCACUAUUGCAUUAACAACCACCAGAUGUACCAAGCUGUGAACAAUUAGCUCUAGAGAAGGUGAAAAAAGGGAGUUUCAAAUAAGUGUCAAUGUGGUGCAAGCAGUGAACAAAAGAGAUGUGCUGUAUGGUAAUGUCUGGAUGGAAAAGCUCUCUUUCUUGGGCUAAGA